GCAAUGAGAGGUGGUUCCUCGAAACCUUCAACUCCCCCACCAUCUCCUCUUUUUAGUGAGCCAUGGAGGAAAAUACCAUGGGGAGACAAAGACACAGAGCUGCAGUAUGUGAAGAAUUACAAACCCGAAAGAGACGACGUCCAGCAUCUGAGAGUCCUGCUUUAUGGUCCAGCUGGAGCUGGAAAAUCCAGUUUCAUCAGCUCUGUCGACAGUGUCUUACAAGGCAGAAUCACAACAAGAGCUUUGGCCGAUGCAAACUCUGGUCCAUGUCCCUCCAGGACGUACAAGACCUACAAAAUCAAAAAAGGACGGCCUGGAAACUUUUACCCUUUUGUCUUCAAUGACACUCUGGGUCUUCAGAUGGAGGAGGAUGGAGGAGUCCAUCUAGAUGACAUCAAACUGGCCAUGAAGGGACACAUGAGAGACGGUUACACGUUCAAUCCUGCAUCUAAACUGUCAGAUGACAGUAAGUAUUACAAUGCACACCCAACUAAGAAUGACAAAGUUCAUGUUCUGAUGUGUGUUGUACCUGCUGACAAAGCAGCUCUACUGACUGAGGCCGAUGUGAGGAAGAUGAAGGACAUCAGAAGGGCGGCCAGUGACCUGGGAAUUCCCCAGCUGGCUGUCAUCACCAAAAUUGAUUUAGCCUGCCAAGAGAUCCAGAAAGAUCUGAAGAAUGUCUAUAAGAGCAAGUACCUGAAGGACAAAAUGCAGAAAUUCAGUGAUUUUGCUGGAAUUCCAGUGAACUGCAUCUUUCCUGUGAAGAACUACCAUGAAGAAAUCGACAUGAAAGAUGAUGUUGAUUCUCUGAUUCUGAGCGUCCUGAGAAGGAUCAUCGACUUUGGAGAAGACUUCAUCAACGACAUGGAAACCUAAGUCACUUUCAUUUGGCUUUCAGAGAUGUUCAUGGCAUUGUAGAAACGGCAUAAUCCUAUUGACAUGAAUGAAUGUAUUUCCUAACAAAAUGAACUCAAAAAUAUUUUUAUAACAAGAUUCUACAUGUUGAAGUUACAAUCAUUUUUAGCUCGUCUGCAUUUUUAUUGACUGUAGUGACUGCAGCAG